AUGCAGAACGGUACUUAUCCCUGGAUGGCAUCUUCUUCUUUGACUCAGAAGAGCUGGCCACCUGGUUACCAGGCCAGCCUUACUGAUCUUUUCUUGAAGAAAAAUCCUUUGCAUUUUGGAUCUGGAAUAUCGCAAUUAGCAGCUGCUUCAAAUUAUAUAGAAAAAAUAUCAACAAUUAACGAAGCUCCUCCAAAAUGCCCACACCCUGAUGCCAAAGAUAAGCCAUAUCCAUGUGAUAUCUGUCAGCAGUACUUAAAUUUGUGUAAUAGUCUUCGAAAUGAUGGUGCAUCAACAAAUGUAACAAGACCUUGUAGUAGUCCAGUAAUGACAAAUUCUCCCUCGGAAAGAAAACCGAUGAACCUUAUGCCAAAUCCCAGUGCUCCUCCUCCCAAUAUUGUACCAACCAGUGGAAUUCAUCCUUCAAUGAGUGUUCAUCCUGGGGCUGCUAUGAUGCAAAAUAAUAAGCCUAGACCAAUACCAACUAAACAGUUUCCUUGCCCUGUGUGUCAUAAAUUAUUCACUCAGAAAGGUAAUUUAAAAACUCAUAUGAUGAUUCAUACAGGAGAGAAACCAUAUGCAUGUCACGCAUGUGGUAAAAGUUUUACUCAAAAGGGCAACGUCGAUACUCAUAUGAAAAUUCAUACCGGAGAGCGAGAGUACGGCUGUGAAGCUUGUGGAAAGCGUUUCACUCAAAAAGGUAAUUUAAAGACUCAUAUCCGAAGUGUGCAUACGAAAGAGAAGCCUUUUGCAUGUGGUUUAUGUGGGAAAUGUUUUUCCCAGAAGGGUAACAUGCAGACUCACUUAAGAACACAUAAUAAAGAUGAUAGAUUUCCAUGUACACUUUGCGGAAAAACAUUCUCCCAGAAGGGCAACCUAAAGACUCAUAUGGCUCGUCAUGCUGGACAAAUUCCAACAAAACGUCAGUUUGGUUCUCGUCUAGCAAAUAGAACUUAUGUUGGGCAGUUGGUGAAAGCUGGUCAGCCAACAGUGCCUCGUAUGCCACCAUUUCCAAUCCAGCCAUCUCCUGUUUCUUCUCAAGCUUCUACAACAUCACCAUUAAAUUCACCAACAACACCACAGCCUAUGCCCACUCCUAAUCAGAAUAAUCAUCCAGAUAUACGUAGUCCGCAUCAAAGCAUGGGCAAUCCAUAUUCUGAAUCUCCAAUUGAUUUAAAACCUCCUUUGAACUGUCAUCUACCACUUUCAAGGCCUUUGUCUUGCAAUCAGCCUCCUGGAAUGAAUAACAAUUCACCUAGUCCGCACCCAUCUCACCUAUCAAGCCCUUCCCCCGAGGAUGAACCAAAUUCCCGACAAUUUAUACAUAGUAAAUUAUUUCAGCAUUCAAACGCUUUGCAUAGUCCAAACUAUAUGAAUGAUCAAUUGCAGGAAAUGCAUCCUAAUAAUAAUUUGAUGCCUAAUUCUCAGCAGUCUAGGAUAACUAGCCCAUUACCUAUCGGAACUCCCGGUCAUGAUCAAAAUCAUGAGCGUGAUUCUCGACCAUUUUAUUCUGCUCCACCUACACCAGUUCCAGCUCCCAUGACUCCGGUCUCAAGAUGGCUUCCCCAUGGCUCAGCUCGUCAUUAUGAUUCUUUUCAAUCUCAUGCUGGUCUAGGUUGCUAUAGUUCAAUUACUCCACAUACCACACCGCUAUCUCGAUUAUCUUUACUGGCAUCAGGCUCUAUGAAUUCUCAAAAUGGCCCUAUGAAUUCUCAAAAUGGGCCUAUGAAUUCUCAUUCUCAGAAUGGUCCCAUGAAUUCUCAGAAUCAUAAUAACCAGCCACUUGAAAAUGGUGAUGAAAUGGAACCCAAGGAAGCAGAGUCGGUUCAACAACAUUCACAGGAGCAUUUUCAAUCUCCAACAAAUCCCGAUUUUUCUCAAUUGUUGGACUGAAAAUAUCAUGGUCUAUAAUAAUUCUUCAAGCUUCAAUGACUCCAGUUGUACAGUGUAAGUUAUUAGUAUUUAUAAACUUACAUGUACAGAAGUUUUAAAAAUGUGAUGCUUUGUCAAAAAAAAGAAAAAAAAGUUUUGUUUUUAACUGCUAUAUGUUUGAAACUGAAGUGCCACUGGCUUAAGCGUUAUAAGUUUUGCUUUCCUUUUUUAUAAAAUAAAGGCAAAUGCAUUACUAUGAACAGUGUUUGGCAUGUUUCAGGCAUGAUUAAAUUGGGUAAACUAUUGAUUUAUAGUGCUUUUUGAUUGGAAAGUUAUUGCUGUUAUUAAAUGAAGUAAGUGUGGAAUAGAAGCUAACUCAUUUUUCCCCUCAUGUUUUCCCCCU